AGCGAGUCCUGCGACUCCGGCGACUGGGGGUGGUCGGGCCUGGAAGAGGCGGGGGGCGGCGGGCCGAAGGUGCCCGCGCUGAUUUCCGCCUGCCUGGCCCACCUGAGAAGGGUGGGGCUCCACACGCAAGGACUCUUCAGGGUCUCGGCCUCCAAGAAAAGAGUUAGACAGCUACGGGAAGACUGGGAACGGGGCCAGGAGGCGGCGCUGGACACGGCGGUGUGCCCGCACGACGUGGCCACGCUUCUCAAGGAGUUCCUGCGGGAUCUGCCCGACCCGCUCCUUUGCAGGGACUUGUACUCUGCCUUCCUUAAUACACAGAAAAUCCGCAACCGCAGACUCCAGUGGGAAGCGCUGCGACUAAUCGUGCAGCUGCUGCCAGCGGCGCACCGCGACACGCUGCACGCGCUGCUGUCGUUUUUAGCGCAGCUCGCAGCGCACGCGGACGACGCGGCGCAACCUGGCAACAAGAUGGACGCUGCUAACCUCGCCACCGUGUUCGCGCCCAAUAUCCUGCACAAGAACAAACCCAACGAGCCCGCCAAUGCAGAACAGCUGUCAGAACGCGCCGACGUAAUCAACGUGGUGCGACAACUGGUGGAGCGGCAGACGGAGCUGUGGACGUUACCAGGAGAGCUUCUGCACGAAGCGUAUAUCCACAUGUCGCAUACCGCGCCGGCGCAUCUGGACUCGCUGUUAUUGCGGAGAGCAGAAUGUGCGCCCGAGCCCGCUUCAGUAUCGCUAAGCGGCGGCCCGACCGGCGGCGGGCGGCGGGUCUGGCCUCGGGAAAUGUUCACGCACGGCGCCGCUGCCACCGGCGGCCCGGGCAACGUGGAAUCGCCCAGGCGCAGUGAGAAAUCAUACUCACGGAGUCGAAGGACGCGGGAGACGGCGUCCGACACCUCGUCAGGAUCUAUGUCUUCCACCAUCACCACCGUGCUGACCAGCAAGGCGGUGGUGGUGUCGGAGGGCGGCAGCAGCGGCAUCGGCUGCACGCCGCACGCGCGCGACUCCGCGCCCGACUCCAAUGAUUCCGCCAGUGACUACAACGAGACGCUCGGCGGCUCAGACGAGGACAGCUGCGUGAUAACCGCCUCCCUCCACAUCCCCGCCGCGUCGGUGUCCCGCGCGCGUCCCGCCCCGCCCCCGCGCCGCCGCUCCACCUCCGGCUCGGAGUCGUCGGCCAAACGCGACUCGGCCGUCGGCUCGUCGGGCGCGUCGGCUGUCGGAUCGUCGGGUGUGGGAUCGUCGGGCGCGUCGGCGUCGGCGUCGGGCGCGUCGUCGCCGCCCGCGUCGCCGCCGCCCGCGCAUCAAGCGCCGCUGCGGGUCACGCUUACAGCGACGGGAGAGUUGAGGCGCACGCCUGAUAUUGACAGGCUUAUCUCACUCGGAAGAGAACGCAACACCUCGGACGCCCGAGCGGUGGUUCUCAGACAACACGACGAGACCACACACGUCAGGACGCGGGCCUCGUCGCGCCAGGAGACCGUCAGGAGAGACGAACAAACCGUCAGGAGAGACGAACAAAGUAUUAGGAGAGACGAACAAAAUAUUAGGAGAGAGGAACACAGCGCUAGGAGAGACGAGAGGAAGGAAGGCACCACGCUAUACAAACGGGGGGAGCUCAUCUCGAGCGCUCAGUCCCCGCCCACAUGACAGAUUAUAUACGUGUUUUUAUACAUAAA